GAAAUCACUGUCAAUUCUGUGCAAUCUGAGGUUUAAACUGGACCAUCUUUUCAUAAAAUAAUACUGAAAAAUUGAAAAUAUUUGAGUAUAUAUUUGAGUCACCGCUUGUUAUUAAAGGGUGAUGAUGAGUCCUGAAACCAGGCCAAUUGUAAACCACUGCACUAGAUUCCAAGACCACAUUCAGACAAACACUCAUAUUCACUGCUAAGGGCUGUUAAGAAUCACAUACAUAUAUUUGGCCUGUGGCAAGAAAUUGCAGAACCCAGAGAAAAUUCAAGGCAAUGUAACAAACUGUUAACAGAAAGUUGGCAUCUGAGAUUUUACCAGGAACCUUUUAGCUGUGAGACAACAGUGCCAACCAAAAACCAAAAAGCCACCACGUCCAAAUGGUAAAGCCCAAAGAGGAGACAUAAGUACCUUUAUGUUUGUUUGUUUAUUGCAGGUGCAUGUCCACUAAUGGCUAAGGAGAAAUAUGUGAAAGCAGGUGACAUGCUGGUGCUGUACUGCGGUAAGAAACAAUGUAAGAACGGUGAUUCAGUAACAGUCUGGAAGAAGGACACGGACCAGGAGACGUUUCUGUUCAACACGUCUGCAGCUGAGCAGAAGCACAUGGGCAUCCUGGUUUUUGGAAACUGCUUUGUGAUUCUCAACGCAUCUGCAAACCAUCAGGGGAAUUACUCGUGUGAUUCUCGCAGGAAGACCAGCAGGCAUAUGGAGUUCAUGGUGACCGUGUACACAGCCCAGUCGAAACAGUAUGAAGAGAGGAACCAGUACCCGAUAACAUGUUACAAGCAGCAUUCCUGCACAUUAAACUGUCCUCAUGACCUUGCUGAAGAUGCCCCCAAUAUCAUAAAAAGAAGCAUCAUGUGGCACAAGGAUGGUAAGACAUCUCCGUCUUACUUCCCAAGUGUUGAAGAUAAAGAUAGUGGUGUCUACACCUGCAAAAGGUCUUGCUUGUACGCUGGUCAAAUGUACAAUAUGACCUUUACAGUGCCCCUCACUGUGAAAGAAGACCGAGGGAAAUAUUCAAAAAUAAUUUCACCAAAACAUGGUCAGGUAUUUCAAGUCGAACUGGGUAAGACAGUGGUGAUUGAUUGUGAAGCCCCCACAAACUCCUGCAGUAAUCUGGAUGAUUUAUUCUGGAUGAGUAAUGAUGGGGAUUUUGUGGUUGAAAAUGAAACGUCUCAAGUUUUCUACAAGAGUUCAUGCAACCAAGAUACGAACAAGAUCAGAGCAUCUUUAGUCUUCAGAAACGUGUCAGAGAAGGAUCUUUCCAAAAAUUACACAUGUAAACUUCAAACUUCAAACUUCAAACACAAACAUGCUACCAUCAACCUCACCCAAAUAACUCGCCACUUCCCUUCAUACACUUCCCUGGCUGUAUGUGUAGCUGUCAUCUCAGUGGUGAUGGUUGUGACGGUGGUUAUCUAUGUGAAGUUUAAAGUUGACAUCAUCCUUUUCCUGAGAGACACUCUUGGCUGCCGGCGUAGCUCCUCAGAUGGAAAAAACUAUGACGCCUUCCUGAUGUGUUACAAGAGUAUCACCAAUGGAGGACUGAAUGAAGAUGACAGAAAAUGGCUGGAAACUACCUUGGAAGAGAGAUUUGGUUACAAUCUCUGUUGUUAUGACCGAGAUGUCUUACCAGGAAAAGCUGUCGCCGAGGCUGUGUUGGACUGCAUAGAACAGAGCCGGACAGUGGUUUUGGUUCCAAGCUCUCCAGAUCCGGGUCCAGAAUCCAGCCUGCUGAGUGCCAUCCAUGCAGCCCUUGUGGAGCGACAGACUCGUCUAAUUUUCAUCAUCACUGAGCAAGCAGAUGCGUCAAUGUCAGACUCGUUUGCAGAGGCUUUGCACCUUCUGAGUGAGGCGGGAGAUUGCGUCACCUGGAAUGGGAGACCGGCGCCCCGCUCCUUCUGGAAGCAGCUGCGCUAUCACUUACCGGCUCCACGACGUGCAUCACAAAUGCACCUUUUGCUGCAAACAAACCAGGACUUCAGCUUAUGAAACGAUUUCUGCCAAAUUUGAAAUGUUAUUUUUUUCCCAUAUUUGUUUUCAAUCGAUAAUCAAUGAGGAUGAUCCCUGCUUAUGCAUUAAUUUAAAAUGCAUUUGGAAACAACCCAGUCCAGAUUAGCAUUUCAGCUUUGUGUUAUAAAAGAUCUCCGUUACACACAUCAUAACCCCACCAUAAUCACACAUCACGCACUCAUCCAUCUCACUGGGCAUCCAAGCGCACAAGAAAAUGGGCUGAAAACUCCAAUGGAAAUAAGCAUUGAUGCAGAUUGGUCUUGUAAUGUCUCUCCUCCUCUUCAUGUAGGCAGUUACAGUAUCACAAAAUGCAGAUUUCAGCUGUAUAAUAGCUGAGAACAACCAACAACCAAGCAGCAUUUUCUGUUCUGCCUCCACAUUGUUGUUUACACCAUUGUUAAGUUAUGUCUGUGUGCUAUGUUCAGGUGAUGCUCACGUGAUAUUGGCUUGGUGUUUCAUGGAAGGUUAUGUAGUGACCCAGAAGAGCAACUUUAUUCAGUGCAAGUUGACAAAUAGUUUCAGUUUUCUGGUGUCAGUUUUAUUAAUCUCCUCACCUAUUGCAUCAAUUUGAUGCCAAAUGUAU